AUGAGCAAACACCCAAUACAGAAUUAUCAAAUUUUAAAGGUCAUUGGCAAAGGAGCAUUUGCUAUUGUCUAUUAAGCCUAGCACAUAAAAACAAAAGAAAUUGUUGCUAUCAAAUAAAUCAAUAUAGAUAUGGAGGAAGGGCUCCACAAAUAGAAAAUGCUUGAAUUGUUCCAUUCAGAAAUUCAAAUAAUGAAAUCGAUAAAACAUAAAAAUAUAGUUGAAUUGAAAGAAGUCUAACAAAGCCCAGAUUCCAUCAAUAUGAUAUUAGAAUACUGUGCUUAAGGAGACUUAGAAAAGUAUAUCAAAAAGAAUUCUCUCAAAAACAGAUUGCCUGAAUCAGAAGCAAAACCGAUUAUACUUCAAUUAAUCGAUGCCAUGAAAAUGUUACGUUUAAAAAAUGUCGUUCAUCGUGAUCUCAAAUUAGCAAAUAUACUAAUAAAUGAAUAGAUGUAAAUUAAACUAGGGGAUUUUGGAUUUGCUAAAUCGCUAAUCAACACGGAACUCCUGGAAUCCUACUGUGGCACCCCUAUCACAAUGGCUCCAGAAAUACUAAAAAAAUCUAAUUCGUACGAUCAUAAAUGUGAUAUCUGGUCACUAGGAGUGAUGAUCUUUCAAAUUCUGUUUGGCUAACCUCCAUUUGUGCCAUAAAAAGGAACAGUGCAGGACUUACUCAUAGCAAUUUAAACUUCUAAACUGUAAUUCCCAUAACACAUCUCAGUUUCUGCAGAAUGUAAGGAUAUUCUAAGGAAAAUGUUGGUAGAAGAUCCAAAACUUAGAAUUAGUUUUGAAGAUUUAUUUAGACACCCAUGGUGUUAUUUAGAAAAGAUUGAUCUUGAGUAGUCCUUCUUAAAGGUUAAUAUUCCUUAACAUUAAGAAUUUAUAGGCAAUCUCCAUUUUUCUAUGAAUUAAUACAAAUAACAAUUGAAUUAGAUUGUGUAAAUUAUUUCAUCAAUUGAAAAUAAAUACAAAGAUCUAACUUAAUUUUGUAUAAGAUUUAAGAAUGUUCUAAAUGGUGCUUUCACUAGUUUUUAUCUGAAAAUCUAUUACUCAAACUAAAAUGUCAUCAUAAAACUUCCUGAGAACUAUAAAUACUUUAACUAUAGACAAGAAUUACUAUUGUUUUUAAUUAACAUCUAUGAGGUAGCACUAUAGAAUGAUAUCAACAUUUCGGAAUUUCUAAAUUUGAACAUUUUUGAAUUCCAAAUUAGCAAUUAGUUGGAAAUUCGUUAUGAAGAUUAUUCAGUGAGUCUUUUGGAUGAACUCAAGAAUUUUAAGUAGGGCAAUGAAAAAAAUUGCUAGAUGUUGCAAUUUUAGGAUGAAAAUGAAAAUAAAAAUAAGGUUUUAAAUUCUGAUUUGUGGAUCCUAAAAGAAUACAUAAACGAAAGAUAUAAAAAUUGA